AUGAACGAAGGCAAAGACAAUAUGAAAUCUUCCCAGAUUGAUGUCGAUGGAAUCAUGCGUACUCUAGGAUAUACUAAAUAUUUCCAUACCACUCAAUUCAUCCUGAUUAGUGGCUCCAUAAUCAUAGCAUCGACCAACAGUUUCCUCUAUAUGUUCUAUGCCCUCACCCCUGAAUACCAAUGUAAUAAUCUGACCGAGUUUCAAUUCAACCAAUACAAUAUAUCAAUUAAUGAAGUUAGUGUGGUAUAUGAGAAAUGCUCCAUAGACAUCAUCAAUGCCGAUAAAGGGCUAACUACAGAGAACCGAACCCUGGACUGUGUGAAUGGUUAUUAUUAUACCACUCCAGUUGAUAAAUCGAUAGUGUCACAAUGGGACCUGGUCUGCAACACUGUAGGAUUAGCUGAAUCAACUCAAACGGUUUAUACUUUGGGUCAAAUGAACAGUGGCCUGUUAGCACCAUGUUUGUUAGAAAAAUUCGGACGAAAACCUAUAAGAGUGUCAAGUCAUAUCUUGCUGUUAGUCUUCAACUUAGUCGCCGCAUUUUCUUCGUCUUAUUGGUUGUUUACAAUAAUGAGAUUUUUGAUUGGAGGAGCCCGAGAGGUAAUGCCUUUAUACGUCAUUUUCACACAUGUACACACAUAG